AUGUUGUCGUUACUACGGUUAGCACGGUGUUCGUUCAGUAGUGGCUUCGUAACGUCAUUAGCACGAUCCCUUAGUGGUCAGCCGAAGAAAUGCGUGAAUAUCACAUUCGCUUGGAAGAACGGUCGUAAUAAGACCGUAUGCGCGAAAAUAGGUGACAACUUAUUGGACGUUGUGUUAGAUAAUGAUGUUGAUAUUGACGGGUUCGGCGCUUGUGAAGGUACACUAGCAUGUUCAACCUGUCACCUCAUCUUUGCCAAGGAAGAUUUCGAUAAUCUGCGUGAUCCCUUAACGGAAGAAGAACAGGAUAUGCUAGAUUUAGCCUAUGGCUUGACUGACACAUCACGAUUAGGUUGUCAGGUCAAAAGUCAAUAUACGAUGCACGUGCGUAGGAUAGUAUUGAUAUUCGUUCUUCAACAUCAAAUUCUAUCGGACUGUCCUUUAGACACAGAUAUAAAGUUGCACAAGUCUGCCAAAUCAAUCCUUACGAAACCUCUUAAAUCAGAAAAUCCAGAAGAUUUUAAACAAAAACGAAAGAAUAAAAAUCUUUCCAAAUUAAAAAAAUAUAAAAAGCGUCAAUUGAAAAAGAAACAUUCAAGUAGACAAAUAACAAAUGAACGAAAAACAAAAACAUCCAAUGAAACACAAGAAGAGGCUCUAAACUAUCUAAGAAUAUGGCAUGAAGAUUAUAAAAACUGGAAAUUUAAAAAACUUCUACAAUCCUGGUUAAUAAAAAAUGCACUAGAUAGAAAAAUGGUUCCUAGUUCAGAGUUCCGAAUAUUUAAACAUUAUAUUAAAGGACUAAUCGGAUGUGCUCGACAGAAUUUAUUAAAUCAAUGCUCAAAGAUAAUGGAGGAACAAACUGAUGGGUUGGAGACAUGUACGGAACUUGUGAGUAGAGAAGAUAUGUCACCAGACAAUAUAAUUGGUCAGCAGAAGUCAGAAUAUUCAACUGCUAGAAAACGUGCAAAGAAAAUAUUUGCAGUUUUAUCAAAGACUUCUGAUGUUCAAUAAAUUUUUACAUAAUACUAAGAUUUUUAGUGCUAUUAAAUCCUUUGUAUGCAUCAACCACUAUUAUAUACUUCGUAAUUAUUC